AGAUGCGGUUCAUUUUAUUAACCUGUUGCAUCGCUUUAUUCGGUCACGUUAUGAGUGGGAAUGUCUGGGAUAAACCGGGAUGCUAUCGUGUCGGACACACGAGAAAUAUCAGCAUUCCGGACUGUGUUGAGUUUCAAGUUACAACAAAUGCCUGUAGAGGAUAUUGUGAUUCGUACUCGGUCCCAUCUCCAGAAGGAACUAUUAAAGUCAAUCCUAAUCAAAGGUUGACUUCAUACGCAAAAUGCUGCAAUAUUAUGGAGACUGAAGAUGUGAACGUUCAAGUGCUAUGUUUAGAUGGAUUAAGAGAUUUGGUAUUCAAGUCAGCUAUAAAAUGCUCUUGUUUUCAAUGUCUUAAGUAUUAAUGUACUGUAAUAUUUUUCAAUGUAUCUUUACUAAAGUGUAAACUUAAAAUUUAACGAAGAUUGGAUCUGUAACGUUUCUGAUUAAAAAUAACCUAACUUUCCCAAAUUAAUUAAAUUAAUCUUUUUAAUUUCUAAUACCUUUAAAACGAUAAGCAAUAUCACUUCAUUGCUCACCCCUAUCAUUUCAAAAG